UGAGCGUUGUGGCAAGAUGCGUGAUCUACCGAAGCUACGAGUGCCUACCGAUGUCGAAACGGGUGUGUCGCUGAUGCUGGAAGAUCGGAUGGUGAGGUGUGGGGGAGAUAACGGCAGCCCUAUCGUCGUCACACCGGAUACGGCCGGAUCUAUCAGGUCGUCGUUUCGUUUCGAUUCACCGCGGGCCUCCGGUAGACGGCCAGGACCAUAUCUGAAUCGGACCGGCUAUAGAAAGCCCCGGAAGCGGGCGGUCUUUAAGAAUGGCUACUGUAACGUGAGUGCCACGAAGGUACCGCAACAGCAGAUCCGUUUCCUGCAGGACAUUUUCACUACGCUCGUCGAUGCCCAGUGGCGGUGGACGCUUCUGGUGUUUGCUUUGGGAUUCGUAGGAUCUUGGCUACUGUUUGCUGUUCUUUACUUUUUAAUCGCUUACGCUCACGGUGAUUUCGAAGAAGGCCACUUGCCACCGUUUCAGGUGGAGAACAACUGGACGCCCUGCAUCUCGUCGCUCUACUCGUUUACGUCGUGCUUCCUUUUUUCGCUCGAAACACAACACACGAUCGGGUAUGGUUCGCGAUCGAUGGAGGAAGAGUGCCCAGAGGCCGUGUUCGUGAUGAGCCUCCAGUCCGUGCACGGUGUGAUGGUGCAAGCGUUCCUAGCCGGGAUCGUGUUCGCAAAGAUGACACGCUCGAAGCGCCGUGCCCAGACGCUGCUGUUCUCGCGCAAUGCCGUCAUCUCGCAGCGUGAUGGUGAACUGUGUCUGAUGUUCCGGAUCGGUGAUAUGCGUAAGAGUCACAUUAUUGGGGCAAAUAUUCGUGCACAAUUGAUCAAGGGAAAGGUAUCGCUCGAAGGUGAAACGAUGCCCCAGUACCAGACCGAGCUGGAGCUCAGUACGGACGAUUGCUCGUCGGAUGUGUUCUUCAUCUGGCCACAGAUUGUGGUGCACAAGAUCGAUGAACGGUCACCGUUGUAUGGGUACUCGGCAGAAGACAUUCUGCUCGAGAGGUUCGAGGUGGUGGUCAUGCUGGAAGGAACGAUCGAAUCGACGGGACAAACCACGCAAGCCCGUACGAGCUACGUCAACACGGAGAUCCUGUGGGGCUAUCGGUUUGAGCAGGUGCUAGUGUACAAUGUGGACAUACAGAGCUAUGAGAUUGAUUUUUCAAAGUUCAACGUUACCAUUCCGCACGUUACACCGCGCUAUUCUGCCAAGCAGCUGAAGGAGGGCUUCAAAUCAUUGGCCCUUUCACCGACGAUGCCUCUGAAAGGACGUUCCUGUGAUCCUCUGAUAGGAGCCAAUAUCAGGUUAUCACAGAUUGACACGGAAAACGAACGCAUCAACCCGCAGUUUCUCUAUCCUCUGUUCGAUCGAAGAAGAUCCCGUUCAUCAACUGAGCUGUAGAUACGAAUUCUGUAAACAUUUAGUUAUAUAGAGAUCGUUGCUUGGCUCCGAAUUAGGUGGUUUUGUUUGCAUCAUUCUUUGACCCUCCACGUGGCACCGUUCUAUCUAUUUCGAAGCAGCAGUUUAACGGGUAACUUAAAUUCGAAAAUACAUCGAAAGCGCUUGAAUACAUCGAAUUGCUCGAAAAAAAACUCGAGCUCAACUCGAUUUGAAUCGACCUGAGCAACCUGGCGUAAGAUCGCGUCUUUCCGAUGUUUCCGGGACUCUUUUCGUUCGAACGAUGCGUGGUUAUGCAUCAGCAUUCAUUAAAUUUAGUUUCAGUGUAGGUUUACAAAAUUUGAUUCCUUAAAAAAACCAACGAUUUCAAGGGUUGUAGUAAACGAGAGAAUAAAUGUGUUGUGAAUUGUUGCACAACAUCCGGCCUGAGCUCGUAAACACGCUGUCAAUAAGCAAACAGAGAGUUACGGGAAGGGGACUCAGAUGACUGCCUCCACCGCGGGGCUAUAUGAUUAAAAAGCAUUUAUACAAUCGCAAGGAGCAUGAAUAAACAGUUCGGAAUUAUCGAACGCGAGGGUUACGAGGUCGCGAGACUGCGCCAGAAGCGCACAAGGGAGCAGAACGCACGCUAAGUGAAAACAGACGACCCACAAUGGCACACUUGUUCUUGGGAACCACCAUUCCCACUGGGCGGUCACGUUGUGUGCAAUUAAAUGAUUUCGUGGCUCUUUUGAAUUACAACUGACUGACCGUACGGGAUGCCUUGGCAGAAGACGAAUCACCCGACAAAUCAAAGGUAGUUCCCGAUUUUCUCCCUUUUAAACAUAAACGUCAUCCUCUGGAUCCUUGGUGUACGGUUCCGCGGGUUGCCACAAAACGUGACGGAGUCACGGGAGCACAAGGCAGAGUGCGCGCACGCCCGCCUUGACAUUGUAAAGGUGCAGAACGGUGUCCGCAGUGGCAAACACCGGUAUCGAUGGCCGCAUAAUGACCGCUUUGGCAAACGAAAACCUCAACUCGAGGGGAUCGAACCAAUUCAUCAUCAAUCUGUAAUCAUCUGCACACAUCAAUUAUAGAUAAAUGCAUAAAAUGCAAAACGAAACGGAACCAGCGCCGCCUUCGACGAUCGAUCGAUCGACACACAAUUGCAGAUAGAGCAGAUCGAACA